AUGGUAUCUUCGCAGUUCCUGUGUUACGACAUACUCUCCAAGGUGUUCGAGCACCUCGAGCCUGGCUGCAUACCCCCCUUCGACCAGUACCCCGCCAUCAUCUCUGAACGGAAGCUCCGCCUCCCCAUUCCAUCGGGGAAUGGAGGAGCAGGCACCUUGCUGGCUGACACCGUCCGCCCCCAUCUCUCCUACGUCAAGACGUUGGAGUUGAACGAAUACAUUGCCCCAGGGACAGGGCCGCGUCGCAGCAUAGCCAUGCCCAAAUGCGUCGACUUUUGCGUGUUAACUCAUCUGGAGUCGCUCGACGUCGUCCACCCGGUGAUUGCUCGGCGAUCGAUGAUACAGGCGCUCAUGACCUUCCCCAACCUCUGCUCCCUCCACCUCGUCUUCGAGCUCUGUUGGGACGAGCGAGAUUCCUUCGAAGCGUCCACCUUUCCUCUAGGCUUCUUCGAGCUUCGAGAGCUUGACUUGACGGCCUCUUAUGACGACCUCGCUCUGUUCCUGGAGGUCACCAACCCGCCACGGCUUGACAUACUAGCUCUGGCGCGGGAGCUCGAGUGGGACCAUCAUCCUAUGUUCGAAGAUCUACCCCGGGUUUACGCCAAAAUACCACCCCAAGUCAGCGACCUCCGUCUGCGCUACCGCGUAUUCCCAGAAAAUCCCAGCGUUUCCGGUGACCGGUACAUGGAGCCUCUGCUCACAGUUUCUCGUGUGCUGCCGCCUUCUCUCUACGCCCUUCAUGACCUACGCGAGGUCUUCCUCCAGUUCACGAACGUCACACGCACUCUGGAGAACGACGACCUUACUGCGCUGUGCGCCGCCUGGCCCGCGCUCGAGGACUUCGAGUUCAACGGCCCGCUCUACUUCAACGACGAUGCCACCAGGUUGCCCACGCUCGACACCCUCCUCGCGUUCGCGCGCGCCCACCCACGCCUCAGACGCUUCACGCUCCCUGGGCUCAAUCCAAAGGGGAUUCCGGACAGGAUCGACCUGCUUCACGCGGGGGCACUGCGGGACUGGCCGGGGCAUGGGCUGCGCCUAUUCCGGCUGAGGACGUAUAUGGUGGGCACGCCCCUCGUGUCGCUGGCCUACGCGGUGGACCGCGCCUUCCCAGCGCUGGACCUUGGGCCUGUUCGCGCAGCUAAGAUCGGUGGCAAUGGAGACCCAGCGGACCUCCUCCUGGCGCCUCUUCUUGCCUUCCAGAUGUCCCGGACGAGUCUACUGGUGCGAUCGCAGAGACGGAGUGGCAGCGCUUUCAACUAUACGCCUCACGCGUACGAGCCGUUCAUGGGGACUUCGGAAAGGCCCCCAACUCGAUCCGGGUACCCUGCGCGAGAUGCAACUAUUGCGGACCGUUCCGCCACCCCCCACAUCCUCGGUGCUCCGAUCGCGUACAUCUCUCGCGAAUUCGGGAGCGCGACGCUCAUCUGCGGCCUCGUCUCCAAAUCUCUUCCUUGGGGUGACUUGCGGGAGGUGCUCGAGGCCGGACCGGUCGAGCUGGCCCGGCGAAUCAAAUGGGCAUACCAGGCAACAACUGCGCUUGUGCACAUCCACUACGCGGCCCAUACGUAUCACGACGACGUCAAGUGCGCCAACUUCAUGCUGGACGCAAACUACGACGCCGUCCUCAUCGACUCCGAGCAGGGGCGCGCAAACGAGGAGGCAGCAGCGCCCGAAGUGCACGCCGGAGGUGACGUCGCCGUGUCCGACGAGGGCAGGCUGGUCUAUCAUCCGCCUCUGGGUUAUGCCGGAGAAGACCAGGUGCCCCUCAGAAACAGGGCGUACCCGUACGAUGUGUGGCUAUCCGCCCCGCGCGGCAUCGAGGCGGCGGAGGUGCACGCGCUCGGGGUCGCCCUCCCGAAAUUGUUCGAGGAGGAUGAGGUGCCCUCCGACAUCGUGCGAAAGUGCAAGGCAGGCGACCCUAACGAGCGCCCUACCUUGGAGACUAUCGAGCAGUACUUCUACGACUGGUAUCUAUCCAAUAUUGCGACCAAGUAA